AUGGUGACAAAGACGAAGAAAGUGUUCAUUGGUGGACUGUCGGCCUCAUCAACACUCGAGGAUAUGAAGACAUAUUUCGAGCAGUAUGGAAAGGUUGAGGAUGCUAUGCUUAUGUUCGACAAGGCUACCCAACGUCACAGAGGCUUUGGCUUCAUCACUUUUGACAACGACGAAGUGUCGGACAAAGUAUGCGAAAUCCAUUUCCACGAGAUCAAUGGGAAAAUGGUGGAGUGCAAGAAAGCGCAGCCUAAAGAA